AUGGAGAUUGAGCGCAGGUCGGACGUGACUACUCCCUCCGGGAGUGAGUCGCCGGGAUCUGUUGAUACCCCAGCCACUGAACGCGGCAAUUUGUUCGAUGAGCUUGAUGAGCUACUGCGAAGACAUUCCGUCGAAACCCCAUACAUCCUUGUGACUGGAGGGUUGGGAUUUAUUGGAAGUCACACCACAUUAGAGCUCCUCAAGGCGCACUAUAAUGUUAUCGUUGUUGACAACCUCAGCAAUGCGUUCGAAGAUGUGUUCGACCGAGUCGCACGACUAGCUCGAGAAUUCCACGAGCAGAAUGGAACACCCAUGCCGUCUAUGCAUUUACAUGCGCACGACUAUCGGGAUACAGCCGCGCUGCGACCUCUCCUCGACAGUUAUCAAACGGAGUCUCGAUGGGGCACCCCUAAAUCCAAAAUCGCUGGCGUAAUUCACUUUGCAGCUUACAAAGCUGUGGAAGAAAGCAUUCGACACCCACUCAAGUAUUACGCAAACAAUGUCGGCGGACUCAUCGACUUUGCCGCAACACUUGGCGAUUACGGCAUCAAAACUUUCAUCUUCUCCUCGUCAGCCACAGUAUAUGGCACACUGGCAACGUCUGGCCUCCCUCUGAAAGAAGAGCUUUGCGCCCACAAGGAGGAGGUAUAUAUUGACCACGACGGCGUGUCCCAAACGAUCCAACCUGGAUGCACGGGCAUCACAAACCCAUACGGCCGCACAAAAUGGAUCUGCGAGACCAUUCUCGCCGACCUCGCAGCCUCAGAUCCAGAAUGGACCAUCGUCGCCCUGCGCUAUUUCAACCCGGUUGGGUGUGAUCCAUCGGGCCUUCUUGGAGAAGACCCCCGGCAGGCACCAACCAACCUUCUUCCGGUCGUGAUCAAGGUGAUGACAGGACAGUACUCCGAGCUAUCGAUGUUCGGAAGUGAUUGGGAAACAAAGGAUGGCACAGCAGUUCGUGACUUCAUCCAUGUCACCGAUUUGGCCCGCGGCCAUAUUGCUGCACUCAGCACUGCCAACGCCGGGAAACUGGCAGAGAACUUCCGGACGUUCAAUCUGGGUACCGGGUAUGGGAACUCAGUGAUGGAUGUUGUCAACACCAUGGAGGCUGUGUCUUCUCAAAAGAUCCCCAAGAGAGUUGCUGAUCGUCGGAAAGGCGAUGUUGGCUAUUGUGUCGCCGUUGCUGACCGCUCGCAGCAAGAACUCCAGUGGAAAACCGAAAAGACCUUGAAAGAUGCAUGCACGGAUAUUUGUAAUUUCCUCGAGGUCCGCAAAAUGGCGAUGUAG